CAAUUAGUUUUUAUUUUCGUCUAUAUUUAAUACUCUAUGCAUACGUCUAAAGAUUUGAUGUGAUGGGGAAUCUGAAAAAAUUUGUAAAAUUUUUUGGGAACUAAACAAGGCCCCAAUGUUUUUGUCCUUGGAGGAGUUGCCUAACACCACGCCAGUCCACCAACUGUGCCACAUGAAACCAUUGGGAGCUAAUCCAGCAUUUCCGCAUCCACUUGUCAGAAGCCUGUGGCAGGUGCUGCUGAUUUCACAUAUGCUCCAGCUCUGAGGAGCCAGAUGCUCCACCCUUGGAUGAGUUUCUUGACAAUUCAUCUGAGCAGAAGCUUGUAGAAGGUGUUGUUUCAUCCUUGGAGUUGGAGAAGUUGCUCGACACUAGUACAUCAUAUGAAUGCCUUGUUUAAAUCCAAAAACUGUGCAAUUAGUUAUCUUUUUUUAUCUAUAUUUAAUGCUUCAUGCAUGUGCCGCAAGAUUCGAUGUGGCGGGAAAUCUUGAAAAGUUUUUGAUUUUGAUUCGAACUAAACAAGGCCUACGCAGAGCACCAUUGAUGUCUCAUCCAGAACAUUCCGAUUCAGGUCUGCUGACUCCACGUCUGUACUAACUCUGCAAGCACUAGAUGUUUCCUCCUUGGACGAGUAUCUUGACAGUUCAUCGGAAGAGUCGAUCACUGCCAGUGCAAGAACAGUGCCGCUUAACACCAUUGAUGGCUCUCUACCAACUCUUGGGCCUAACAUUUUGAUCUACUAUCCUGCAAACUCAUUUGAGGUGUUCUACAUUAGGAUUGACAGGAGGGGAUCUUUCUGGAUAUACCCUAAUGUGGGUGGACUGUUUCAGAGCAUAGAUAAAACUGAAAAUGCUAUCAAUAGCUUUCUUGAUUUAUGGCAGUGUGAAACAAGGCAAAGUUCUUUUAUCUCCAUUACAAGCAACUUUUGUUGAUUAUUGAACUCAAACAGGAUUAGUACAACAAAGGGAGGUCUCAAUUCGUUAAGUAGUGAGAAUACCUGUAGUGAGAAGUGGCACUUGGCUCAAGCUAUACUGGACCAGUUUAAUGACCAAAACAAUCUUUUUGGGAAAGAAGCUGAUGAUGACCACAGCACUGGCAACAAACUAUUCUUUGCUGAAGUUUCGCAUAUGCAAGGAAAAAAGGUCUGGGAGGUCAACUGUUGCUGCAUGAUCGAAUUUGAAGCUAAGGGUGGCCAUUGUUUUGGCUGUAAAAAUAAAAACCAUGGAAGUCCUGAUAUGCUGCACCCGGUUGAGGCUGAUGCAGACACUGGUGGUCACUUGGAUGGAUAUUUACCAUUUGAUUUUGAUGCAUUAAGCAGCUCUGAUGAUGACGACGGUGAAUAUGAAUAUCUAAAUAAAGAUGAGGAUGAAGAGGAAGAGUUUGAGGCAUGGUAUGGUAGAAGAUGGGUGUCUUUCAAGCCAGAGCCAGGGGCAUGGCAGCCACCAACAUGAAUGCUUACAGCAGACAUGGGCACUGUACUGCAAAUCGAUGCUCACAGAAUGAGGAAGUCUUCGAAAUCAUUGCCUGCUAGCUGAGGCAUCUUUUAGGCUUGUGACUGCCAUCUUGCUGAUCUUGGAUAUCUGCAGCUGAAUCAUCGACUUGCUUUGUUUAAACUUGAUGCAAGUCAAGGUGCUUUGUUUAAUAACGUAUUUUUCCUAGCUCAUAUUGCUCUAGUGAAGCAAGUCGUUACUCAUGAUUUCAGAUGUCUCAUUAUCUCACUUUUUUCUCUCUCUCUUCAUCUUGAUUCUUAUGCUCCUGCAAUGUGUAAGAAAUAUUCCGUUCUCUUUUUUUUUGUUGGCUUGGACUGCCUCCACGUUAUGUUGUUUACGUGCAGGCAUAUUGGUGGUUCAGUGUCAGUGUGCAAUCACAGUUGAAGAAACUGCAAGAGUUUCUGUGAUAAAUUGCAUGCCUCCAAAUGUGAUAAAUUGGCCUCCAAAUGGUGGUUCUCUAUCGCCCAUCGGAUCCAUGAGUUACUAGUAUAGAAAUAAAUAUACGAGUAUGUCUUUUGGGCC